GCAGGCAUUAUGUCACGGAUGUUUAUAACGAUUGAAAUGUCGCGAUAAAAUAAUGUUAUGCAGAUAAAUGUUUACGUGCGAAACCGUGUCCGCUGACGUUCCCGUUCGUUCGGGAACAAUUCUGCCGUCUCUGUUCGGAAGGAUUAAAAGAAUAGUCGCUUAUUUAUGCGAGUACGCGUGACAUAUAAGCACGGCUGUGUGAACGCAACUAUGAUAAUUACGAAUGACAAUAGUCCGUGCGCGAGCGGAGGCGAUUUCGAUUCUGCCGAAAUCAUGGGUCUCGUCGAUCGCGUACAUACGCGUGCGUCUCACACCGAACGCAAAACGACACAAUCUAGACGGGUGUAUGUACUACAGGCUAAUUCGAUAACGUGUCACAUCAAGUAUUAGAAAGGAUCCCUCUGAACACUCUACGUGGGAGAAUGGGCAGAAAGCAUUUUCUUCCGCCGAGUGCGAGAUUGGCAAAGUAAUGUCGAAUGAGCCGAGCUGUAUGCUUCGCUUUCUUCUGUGUGGUGAAAUUGCUUCUUUCCGAGGGAGAAUAUAACCUCAAAAUGCGACUGAAUUCCCAUUCUCGAUCGAAUGUUACGGAUAUUUCUAGGUGUAUGAUUCUAAAAAAACUGCUAGUUGCUAUGAACUGUGCCUUUUUGAGGUUAUAAAUCGAAGCUCCCGACACAUUACCGCACUCUUCGCAAAAACGCGUGUGUAGCAUUAAACGCCUAGUUAUGUGCAUUGGUUUAUGAAACACAUCCCGUAUCCUCAUUUGGUCUUUUUAAUUUUCUAUUGAUAGACUUACGCGAAUGAAGGAUGAAUGAUUAAAUAUAGUUGCAAGCUGCCAAGCAAGUUUUAAUAAGUGAAACUCGAACGGGAUAUAUGCACUGCGUUUAACUUGCAUUUAAUCACAAGAUAUUAAAGUGACGUGAAGUAUAGAUAAGCAGAUAAAAAACGCCUAUAAUAAUAUCAUCUGUAUAUGAUAAAGGGAUAUGACUUAUCAUGGUAUCACUUGUCUGGUGACCUAGUCAGAUGCAAGAUUUGAUGGUCCACUUGUAUCACUGUUCUGUAAAUGUAACUUAGAUGACAGUCAGGCAAUAACUGGUUGAAGAAAUUAUAAAAGAAAUUUGUGGGAAUGGGCAAUUGUUUGUGUAAGGAUACUCCAGAGGAACUUGAGACAUACGGUAGUAACAAUCAUGCGGAGGCUCAAAAUACUAUACUACCAGAACCAAACAUAAGUAUGGACUCAUCUGGAGACUCAGCGUCUCCUUCCUUCAGGUUUCCAACAUCAGCAAACAUUGAUAAGCUUGUAUUAGAAACACUGGGAAGUCUUGACACUCUAGUAGAUAAUGAUCAUGAGCCACCACAGGCAAUGUUGAAACUGAAUGCUAUUGCUGACAAAGAAGAUGGUUGGAUACAAGUAGUUAGUUCUAUGGUCAAUGUUGUUCCAAUGCACAAUCCAUUGGGCCCUUCUGUUAUAAUAUUAUUAUUAGACGAUUGCCCUUUACCUUCAAAGGACUCUGUGUUACGAUUAUCACACAUGUUUCAAUUGUCACAAAAACUUGGAAAGAUACAAAUUACAGCCACACAGCAACGCAACAUAUGUGUAGUACUCGGUUGCAUCGCAGAGAAACUGGCUGGACCUAGUAGUAUAGCAAUUUUAUCCGAUGCCACCUUAGACUAUCUUGUUUCAAACUUACGGGAAGAUAUCGAGCCUUAUGUAGUGUUAUAUUCUUUAAUAGCAUUAGAGAAGUUUGCACAGACAAGUGAAAAUAAGGUAACUAUUAAGAAACGUCUUAUGGCAGAAAAGCAGAAUCCGCUGCUUGAAUUGGAGAAGUGGACUACAGAGACACAUCAUGUGCGACGUCAAGUUGGUUUCUGUGCACAAUGGUGUUUAGAUAACCUAUUUUUAAUAGAAGGUAGAAAGUAUUCCCAUGACUCGGUCGAUGUGACUGGUAUUAAUGUAAUGUUAAAUACAAAGGAUGUAAGCGAGUACCUGAAAAUAUCACCUAAUGGUUUGGAGGCGCGAUGCGACGCGUAUUCCUUUGAAAGUGUACGAUGUACGUUUCAAGUGGAUGAAGGGAUAUGGUAUUACGAAACGCUGAUAAUAACCACCGGAGUAAUGCAAAUUGGAUGGGCCACGAAAAACAGCACGUUUCUUAAUCAUGAGGGAUAUGGUAUAGGAGAUGAUGAAUUUUCCUUGGCCUAUGAUGGCUGUCGUAGACUGAUUUGGUAUAAUGCGCGAAGUGAAAAAUUUCACGACAGACCAUGCUGGAGAUCCGGUGAUAUCUUGGGUUGCUUAUUGGAUUUAGAUAGAUUAGAAAUUAUAUUUUCCAUUAACGGUGUACCGCUUAAACCGUGCAUCCAAGUAUUCAAAACAGUAAGGUCUGGAUUCUUUGCAGCAGCUAGUUUCAUGUCAUUCCAGCAAUGCCUUUUUAACUUUGGAAAUGCACCUUUCAAGUAUCCACCUACUGAUCGAGAAUUUCAGAAGUUUAACGACUACGCUACGUUAAAACCGGAAGACAAAAUUGUACUUCCUAGACACAUAUAUCUAGACCAAUUGCGAAGACUUAGCGUUAGGGAGGAUUCCUGUACAUUAUGCUUCGAUCAAAGGGCAUCGGUGAGGUUACUGCCUUGUGAACAUAGAGGAUUUUGCCAAACCUGUUCGAAGCAGUUAUUUGAAUGUCCAAUGUGUAGAGCUACUAUCGAAGAAAUGGCUCCUGAUAACAUAUGACAUCGGUCAUAUACAAAUGUUGAGAAAAUUUUUCUUUUAGAAUUUGCAUAUUAUCAAUGUGAAACUCCAGUGCAAAAAACUAUAAAAUAAUUCACAAAAACUUCACAAGAUAAUCAUAAUUAUAAUAGAUAAUUAUUUGUACUGUAUAUCGCGUAUACAGUCGUCACGUAUCACAUAUAAUUUUUUUGCAACACAAUGAAUUAGUAGAUAAUAGAACAGACUAUAAAUUUAUAAUAAAUGUAAAAAAUUCCGUGGUCGCAGUGAAUGGUGAAUGAGCGUACAACUUUGUUGUAAAGAUUAAACUUGAAGAUUGAGGUGCAAGAAAAUA